AGAAAGCACACGCUGAGAUGCUCGCGCCUCGCCACUGUGAGUCUUCAACACAGUGCUGAAACCCACCAGGCAGUCACAAUCCUAGGAGGAACUCCGCGAAACGGGAGGCAGUUAGAUGCACUUGGAUUACCGGUUGGUGAAGUGUCACAGAGUUUACCGCGAACAGACUGGCGCGUUAUCACCGCAAAAACGUAAUCCACGCGUCAGUCAUAAAAAGUAGCUUUCAUAGCUGCAAUGAAAUCAACAAUGGCAAUUGUCGCACUUGAUUGAUUUUAUUGUUAUUUGAUUUUCGAGUGGAUAUUCCUUUUCCGGUUGAAAAAAAUAUUGUAAAUGUCCAUUUGGUUGAGUUAAAUAGAAUCACGGACGAUGGAAGUCAGUCUCAGAAUAAGCUUUCUGUCUACAUAGGCUGACACUACCGGGCUCUUCUGAAAUACAUCCCUAUUGGACCCCUCACAGAAUUGUAAUCUUUCAACCCAUUUUUUAGCAAGACUUGGCUGGGACCAGACAGUAUGGGGUUAAAAAGCUCCUACUGGCUUUUGAUAUCUUUCAUGGUGAGUGGAACUGUUGCCGGGGAGUCCAGCUCUGAGCCUGCUAGCCCAGACACAUCUCUCAGGCCUGUCCUGACCAUAAUGGAGGACGAGAGGCAGACCAUGACCGCCGAGGGUCAAUACAAAUGUCUUGAGCUGUUCAGCCGAGACCAGAAGCACAACAUCACAGGUGUGUUCUGUAGUCGUAUGUGGGAUGGCUUGUUAUGUUGGGACGAGACUCCGGUGGGGACCUACGCCACACAGAACUGCCCAGACUACCCUGGCCUGGACACCUCUGGAAAAGUGUCAAAAUAUUGUGAUGAAUCUGGUAAUUGGGUCCAAAGUCCCUUCAUUAAUAAGACCUGGUCCAAAUGUCUGACGUUCUCCAAGGAAAAGUUCAAGAAGGUGACUCCCCAUGGUCUGCUAGAGCCAGGGUCUGUGGAGCCCACUGUGGAGACUCCAGUCAGCCAGAAGGUGACUCCCCAUGGUCUGCUAGAGCCAGGGUCUGUGGAGCCCACUGUGGAGACUCCAGUCAGCCAGAAGGUGACUCCCCAUGGUUUGCUAGAGCCCACUGUGGAGACUCCAGUCAGCCCCAGGGUCAGUCAGGAGGAGGAGGAGAGGAAGAAGAUCAUCGACGGUCAAUACAAAUGCUUUGAGAAGAUGAACAGAGACCAGCCGUAUAACAAAUCAGGGCUGUACUGUAACCGGACCUGGGAUGGCUGGCUGUGCUGGGAUGAUACACCUGCUGGGACAGUCACCUGGCAGAACUGCCCCAACUAUUUCCCUGACUUCGACUCCACAGAAAAAGCUACAAAGAUCUGUAGCGAAUCAGGACAGUGGUUCCGCCACCCAGACACCAAUAGGACGUGGUCCAACUACACCUUGUGUAACUUCCACACUACAGGCAAGCUGAAGAUGGCCUAUAUCCUGUACUACAUGGCGAUUGUGGGUCAUGCCUUCUCCAUAGCCUCCCUCCUGAUCUCUCUGGCCAUAUUCUUCUACUUCAGGAACCUGAGCUGCCAAAGGAUCACGCUUCAUAAGAACCUCUUUGUUUCCUAUGUCCUCAACUCCGCCCUAACCCUCAUCUACCUCAUAGCAGUGGUCAACAACCCAGAUGUAGUGGGAAGAAAUCCAGUUGGCUGUAAGGUGUUGCACUUCUUCCACAUGUACAUGCUGGGCUGUAACUACUUCUGGAUGCUGUGUGAGGGGAUCUAUCUGCACACGCUCAUUGUGGUGGCUGUGUUCGCCGAGGAGCAGCACCUACACUGGUACUACCUCCUAGGCUGGGGGUUUCCCUUAGUGCCUGCAUCCAUUCACGCUGUGGCGAGGAAGAAGUAUUUUGAUGACAACUGCUGGAUGAGUGUUGAGACCCACCUGCUCUACGUGGUCCACGGUCCCAUCAUGGCAGCGCUGCUCGUAAAUCUGUUCUUCUUGCUAAACAUCGUGAGGGUGCUGGUUACUAAGCUGAGGGACACCCACCGGGCAGAGUCUAACAUGUACAUGAAGGCAGUGAGAGCUACCCUGAUCCUGGUCCCUCUCUUGGGCAUCCAGUUUGUCAUCUUCCCCUGGAGGCCAGAGAACCGCCUGGCGGGGGAGGUCUACGACUACAUCAUGCAUAUAUUAAUGCAUUACCAGGGGUUACUAGUGGCAACGAUAUUUUGCUUUUUCAAUGGCGAGGUGCAGGCGGCUCUGAAGCGACAAUGGAUUCAGUACAAGGCCCAGUGGGGUCAGAGACGGAGGGACCACUGCUCCAUGCGCUCUACCUCCUACACCGCCACAUCAAUCACUGAGGUGCCCGCCUUCAUGUACCACCACGACUGCAACAGCGAACACUUAAACGGCAGACACACCUCUGAGGACUCUGAGCUGGUGGCUCUUAAGACAGGGGAGACGUACGCCUGACAAGCGGGAGGUAGUCUGAGUGUCGGAGGAGAGAAGAGUUAGUAGAGGAACCAAGAUGGAGACGUUUCUCUAAUGUCCCGCCGCAGUUCCACAUUUCAUAGAUAGAACGGGUGGGUUCAGCCCCAGACUGUGAAGGAGAAGACAGUGCGUGUCUGGACAGUGAUAUCUCUCCCAUGAGUUGGCCAAUGAUGGCUGAUGCUUCAUUUACAUGACAUUGCUGCUGCUAUGGCUGCUUAUUAAAAACACUAAGAUAUACAGUACAUGAAACGGGAGCCGCCUUUAAAAUGUGGCGCGUCCUAAAGCUGCUAUCUGUGGGACUCUUAACACAUCAUGGGAAUGUUAAGGAUGAUGAUGAUGAAGAUGAUGAUGAUUAUUAUAAUGAUGAUGAUAAUGGUGAUGAUGAAACUGUAUUGUUGCUUUGCCUAUACCAAAGGGUGUGGGGUGGGCUGAAGAGAUCCCCUGAAGGUCACAUACUGACGGACAGCACAGUGCAUGUGUGUGUGUGUCCAUGGCGACACAAGAGGUCAAUGGUUUAAAAGGCUCCCUGUGCCUAAGUUCUGGAAUCGUGUAAAUAAUGGUUCACCACUUUCACUUUAAAAGUGUCAAAGUGUAUUUUAGAGGAUUUUAUUUUUCUGACUAAAUGUUUUUUUUUCUUGCCAACGACUUGCUCUUUAAAUACUUUCUGUCUGUUUUGUGAAGCUCUGCUUACAGCUGCUGACUGUGCCUGCGGUGUGUUUCUGUCACAAGGUCUGUAUUUAAAGAGUGCAGAAGAUACAGAACGCCUUGAUAUGGGCUCAAGAGAGAAAGAGUCAAAAGGAUUGGUUAACUUAGAAUAAAAAAUAAAGACGGACUGAAUCGCAUAGGUGACACGUUUUGGAGUACCACCUGGCUCUUGAGAAUAUUUUCAGUGAAAUAGUCUGUAUUUUGUUUGACGUGUCCAUUUGCCAAAAGGUCUAAUGUGAAGCUUCUAGGAUUCCACAAUAAGCGUUAUUUUAUGUUUUGUGCUUAAUGAAAGCCAUUCCAAUAUGGUGAAAUGAUUUUCUCUAUGUCAUAUCAGUUAUGAAUAGAGAGGAAGGAGAGAAGAAAAAACAGUAUGGUUACCUGCAAAAAUAAUCAUAUAAACAAUAACAAUAUACCAUUUUUAAAAGAAAAGUCUUGACAAUCUAGGCCUAUGGAAGAUGUUUCGAGGUAAAACCUUCGUAUCUCCAGGCAAUUAUCUACAGUGGGGGAAAAAAGUAUUUGAUCCCCUGCUGAUUUUGUACGUUUGCCCACUUACAAAGAAAUGAU